AUGUGUAACGUAGCCUUCCAGCAAGGGAAACCCCGAGUGUCAGAAUCCCCAAACGCGGAGAAUAUCAUUAGCAUUUCUGCCAUCGCUUACGUCACGCUCCAAUACGUCUUCGGGACGCUGCAAAACUCGAAGACAUUCUGGAAUAUUCGUCACUUCAGAUUUAUUACUCUCACUGCUUUCAGAGCAAGCAUCAGGGACGUGGAGUCAGCGGAUCGUGACCUAACGCUGGAGCAGCGCGCUCAGGAGGCGAAGAUGGGCUUCAAAGACCCCGUCUACCGAGCCAGGAGGAAGGUCUUCUACGACAUCGCAAUGAAAUACAAAUUCGGCGAGCCUAUUCCGCGUGUCGAAUACACUGAGGAGGAGAUCAGGACUUGGGGCACCAUCUUCCGAGAGCUGUUCCGCAUGUAUCCGACACACGCUUGCAAGGAGUAUAAUGCAAAUUGGCCCGACCUUGUCAAGUAUUGCGGCUACAGGGAGGACAAUAUCCCACAAUUGGCAGACAUCGAUAAGUAUCUAAAACGCACGACAGGGUUCACGCUCCGCCUGGCAGGGUACCUCUCCCCACGUGACUUCCUGGCAGGGUUGGCCUUCCGCGUCUUCCACUGCACGCAAUAUAUUCGCCAUUCUUCAGACCCCUUCUAUACGCCCGAACCGGACUGCUGCUGCCAUGAGCUCCUCGGCCACAUGCCCUCUUAGCCUGCCGAGUUUCGCCAAUUCUCGCAAGAAAUAGGCCUAGCUUUCCCUCGGGCCAACGACGAAGACCUGCAGAAGAUUGCAACGUUGUAUUUCUUCACCGUCGAGUUUGGAAUGUGUAAGGAGCCUGGACCCCCCCAAGGCACCCGCGUUCAACAUCCUCAUGGCGAUAGGCCUUUUUCUCGCCAUGAAAUCGGGUUUGGGCCAGCAGUUGGAACGCGGGCAUGUCGCACAUCGGCCGCCGUGGAGACUCGAACCCGCGACCUGGAGAUUUCAAGAAUCCCCAAAAGUACAAGUCGAGUACGAUAUCCACUCAGCCACGGCGACCACUAA